AUGGCCCGCGUGUCCACUCUGCUCCCCGAGGUUCCUGCUCCCCACGGCGCCUUCCCUGGGCAGCAGGCGACGCAUCGCUGUGGUGCCCUGCUGGCUUUCAUUCCGGGCUCCCCUUUCCCCGACAUUGAGACGAAGCCGGCCCAGGCCCUGCGUCUGAGCACUCCGCAGGACUCAGGCACCAAGCCUGCCUACGCCCAGGGCAAAGGAACUGACGAGCGUCGCCAGGCCAGCUUCCAGAACCUCCCUCUGGCCUUGCCCGCCCGGGGCCUCCAGACACUUGGGUGUGUUGAUCUCAGAUGCCAAACAGCUGCUGGGCUUGGAGGCGUCUCGGGAGCUAAGGAGCCAGGAACGUCCAGGAACGUCCACACCCGUGAUGCUGCCAGGAGGCAGGCAGUGGGCUCGGAGCCAAAGCUUCUUCGGGGCGGACGCGGUGCGGUCGGCGUGUGUGGCGAGCUGGAGCGGACUCCAGGCCUGCUGUCGUCAAGCGGGGAGACGGAACUUCGGGCUCAGGCCCCUCUUCUGCUCCCCCUCACCCAGGGGCUCAGCGACUCACUCACUCGGCAAAUGCUCGACAAAAGGCCGCCUGUGCGUGCGCCCGGCACUGCUCAGUCCGGGAAGACGGAGGUGGGGAAGCAGGGUCUGACCUCCCAGAGCGUCCCGGAUGUGGAACUCUGUCCCCGGAUGUGGAACUCCAUCCCCGGAUGUGGCAAUCUGCAGCUAAAACUGGGCAAGGCUUGGGUCCCCUGGUGGGCCAGUGGUCAAGACGUCCCCUUCUGA